AUGGUCGACUUCCACCAUCCCUUCACGCCCUACGCCAUCCAGCUCCAGUUGAUGGACACCAUCUACGAGACGCUCUCCAACGACGAUCUCAAGGUGGGUCUAUUUGAGAGCCCCACAGGCACAGGCAAGACGCUUUCGAUAAUUGCCUCGACUUUGACGUAUUUGAGGAACUAUCACAACAGCCAUUUAUUGAAUGUGAGCAGCAGAAGUGGCGCUGGCAACGGUGAUGAUGAUGAUGAUGAUGAACCGGAUUGGGUGAACCAAAACUAUUACAAAAACCUAAUUGAUGACAAAUUGGAGGUUUUGCAAGAGUACGAAGACAAUCUCGACAAUCUAAAGGAAAAGUUACACCAGCACUCAAUUUCUUCGCAGAUGUUGAUUUCGAACGAUGAUCUGAACCGCAACUCUAAAAAACGAAGAAAAAUCCAGAAAAUCAAUAUCGAAAUUGAUGAUGACGAUUUGGAGUAUUUACCAAGCAAUCAGCUAUCCAAUGAAGGUAAAACGUACGGUUAUGACAAAGACGCCAGUUUGGAAAAUAAAAACAACUCAAUUUCAAUUGAAAUUCAAAAUUUGUUAUCAAAAUUAUCCAGUAAAAAUAACCAUGAUAACCUUAACCAUGAUAACCUUAAUAAUGACAAUGAUAAUGAUAAAAUUAAGCCAAUCUUGGAUUACGAUCAAAAAACGAAGAUUUUUUUCUCUUCAAGAACUCAUUCUCAAUUAUCUCAAUUCAUAUCUCAAUUGAAUUUAUAUCUCCAUAACACUUAUAACAAUAAAGAUGAUAAAGAUGAUAAAGAUAAUAAAGAUAAUAACAACCACUUGGCUUUAAAUUUACUUGAUAAUUCCUUCAAUUUAAAUAACUACCAUCUAAAAUAUCUACCAAUCGGUUCAAGAUUGCAUUUAUGCAUAAAUGACAACAUCAAAAGCUUGAAUAACAUAUCUUUAAUCAACGACGCAUGUCUCGACCUCCAGAAUAUCCCCUCCGACAAAUCAAUUGAUAAAAAGAAGAAUAAACUAAAGAGUACUCUAAAGAACUGCUCGUACUAUGAAAACUCAAAAGAUCAAAAUUUAGUCAUCAAAUUCAGAGAUCUAAUCUUCAGCGAUAUUAACGACAUCACUCAACUAAACUCAUUGGGCAAACACUUGAACGUUUGUCCCUUUUAUUCAAUUAAAAACGAAUCAAAUUCAAUUGUAGAUUUAAUCUCUCUACCCUAUCAAUUGCUACUAAUUAAAAACAAACACGUCAAUGCCAAUUUGAAUCUCAAAAAUUCAAUCAUAAUCAUAGAUGAAGCUCAUAAUUUGAUUGAUACAAUCAUCAAUUUAAAUUCAAUCACAGUCUCCUUGAGCAAUAUCAUAUUGAUCAAAAACUCAUUGAAUUUAUAUUUGAAAAAAUUCAUUAAAAAACUAAACUCGUACAAUCGAGUCAAUCUAAUCAAAUUGAUUAAGUUUCUAACCAUUUUGUACAACUUUAUCAACAAUAAAAAGAACGAUCCAGGUUUUAAGAUCAAACCAGGACUAGAAAUUAACAUUUUAGAUAUCUUUAAUGAAAAAUCCACCGGCGAUUUACUCAAUAUUUAUAAACUAGAAAAUUACUUGAAUAAAUCCAAAAUCGCUUACAAGAUUCAGAAAUAUAUCAACAAUGUAACGGGUGAAAGAAACAAUACACCGCUACUAUUCGAUCUAAUUGAAUUUCUAAAGGUUUUAUCCAAUCCAUCAAAGGAAGGCAAAAUCUAUUUCGAUUUCAUCAGCAAAAGUAAAACCGAAAAGGAUAUAACUAUAAACUACAUGCUAUUAGAUCCAAUUGAAACAUUCAAGGAUAUUGUAUUGAACUGUAAGAAAUUGAUACUAAUUGGAGGUACAAUGGAACCAAUGAGUGACUAUGUCAAGUAUUUGUUUCCAUAUUUAGACGAGAAAAAACAAAUCAAAAAAUUUAGUUGUGGACAUAUUGUCGAUAGAGAUAAUUUAAAUGUUUUUGUGGUUAAUAGUAAUAAUAAUAAUAUGAAAUAUGAUUUUUCAUUUUUAAGCAGAAAUAAUGUUAAUAUGUUAAUUGGGCUAUUGAAAAGUAUAAUUCAUAUUACUAAAAGCAUACCAGACGGUAUCGUUAUGUUUUUUCCUAGCUAUAAAUACAUGGAUCAAGUAAUUGGCAUUUGGAAAGCUAAGGAAAGGAAGUCAUGGGACAAAUUGAAUGAGAUGAAAAAGAUUUUUUAUGAAUCAAGCGAUAGUAGUGAUAUAAAUAAAGUUUUAAAUGAUUAUUCUGAUCAUAUUUUAAAUAGUGAUAAUAAUAACAAUAAUAAUGGUGGAUUAUUAUUUUCAGUUGUUGGUGGGAAAAUGUCAGAAGGAAUAAACUUUUCCGAUUCACUAGCUAGAGGAAUUCUAAUGAUUGGAUUGCCAUUUCCGAAUUUGUUCAGUGGGAAGUUAAUCAGCAGAAGAAAAUAUAUUGAAGACACAGUUUUGAAGAAUGGGGGUGAUAUGAAAAAAGCAAGAGAGGAAUCGAUGAAUUUUUAUGAGAAUAUCUGUAUGAGAGCAGUUAAUCAAAGUGUUGGUAGAUCAAUUCGCCAUAUAAAAGAUUAUUCAAGUAUAUAUUUGAUUGACCAUAGAUACAACCAGGAAAAAAUCCAGGGAAAGCUAAGCAAGUGGAUUCGAGACAGGAUCAUAACUACGAAAAAUGAAGAUGAAAUCGUUACGCUAACUAGGGAAUUUUUCAAUAAGAAAAGAUAA